CCCAAAAUAAUUACACAAUUCAUUUAACUUUCUAUAAUAAGGAGAAUGUCAGUAAUAUUUUACUCCAAUUCUUAACCAUGGUGAAAGCUUUGCAGCACAUUCGUACCGUAUUAUUUAGAUAUGCACAGUGAUUCCGUGCUCAACGGGACAAUCCAUAAAUACUUUCUAAAUUGAAAGGAUUAUGGGAAUUCAUCUGUAAAGUCAAAAUUCUGGCUAUUUAUUUCCUUGCCGGCAGCUGCCACUUUUUGUUGGUUAUUUCUGUUGUGAUCAGAGACACUCAAGUAUACCAUCCUUUUUGUACAUAAAAACACCUCAUAUUACCAUUUCUGCGCACAACUUUUCAUCUUUCUUUUUCCUGUCAAAAUGGAAAGGUCGUAUAUUUUAGUUUUUGUUCUUGCAUUUUUGUGGGCUCAUGGAGGGAUAGCCAAUGGUGCAAGUACAGAAGAUGGAUCAGAGUCUUGGGGAUAUGUUGAAGUCAGACCCAAGGCUCACAUGUUCUGGUGGUACUACAGAAGUCCAUUCAGGUCUGAAAAUCCAAACAAGCCAUGGCCUAUCAUUCUUUGGCUACAGGGUGGACCUGGUGCUUCUGGAGUUGGAAUUGGGAAUUUUGAAGAGGUUGGGCCUUUAGACACUUUUUUGAAGCCUAGAAAUUCCACGUGGCUGAGAAAAGCUGAUCUUCUAUUUGUGGAUAAUCCUGUUGGCACUGGAUAUAGUUUUGUGGAGCAGGAUAAUAAAAAUCUGUUUGUUAAAACUGAUGUUGAAGCUGCAAAUGAUUUAACUACAUUGUUGAUAGAAAUUUUUAAUAGAAAUGAAAGCCUCCAAAAGAGUCCUCUUUAUGUAGUGGCAGAGUCCUAUGGAGGAAAAUAUGCUGUCACUCUUGGAUUAUCAGCAAUAAAGGCAAUAGAGGCAGGAAAAUUAAAGCUCAAGUUUGGAGGAAUUGCAUUGGGGGACACUUGGAUUUCACCCGAAGAUUUUGUGUUCUCAUGGGGUCCUCUUCUUAAAGAUGUCUCAAGGCUUGACAACAAUGGUGCACAAAAGUCAGACAGUCUAGCGCAGCAAAUUAAACAAGAACUUGCAGCUGGUAAGUUUGUAGAGGCAACAGAUACGUGGAGCGAACUCGAGCAUGUCAUUGGUUCUAGCAGCAACUCAGUGGAUUUCUACAAUUUUCUAUUGGAUUCAGGGAUGGAUCCAGUAUCCAUGACAGCUUCUGAGCUAAAACGGGAAAUUUCAAAAAAGCGUUACUUGAAAUACUUGAACUCUUUGAGGCCAACUCCCGAUGGCGAUGGUGAUCUUGAUAGCCUUAUGAAUGGUCCUAUUAAAAAGAAGCUAAAGAUAAUCCCAGACAAUGUCCAAUGGGGAGGGCAAUCAGAUUUUGUUUUCACUGCACUUGAAGGAGACUUCAUGAGGCCAAGGAUCAAUGAGGUUGAUGAAUUGCUUGCGAAAGGAGUCAAUAUCACAGUAUACAGUGGUCAAUUGGAUGUGAUCUGUUCAACCAAGGGAACUGAAGCGUGGCUCGAAAAGCUCAAAUGGGAUGGACUAAAAACAUUCUUGAGCAUGGAGAGAACACCAUUGUUUUGUGGGAAUGAGAAAACUACAAAGGGUUACACAAAGUCAUACGAGAAUUUACAUUUUUACUGGAUUCUUGGAGCUGGCCACUUUGUACCGGUUGAUCAGCCAUGCGUGGCACUCGACAUGGUGGGCAGCAUCACACGGUCUCCAGCUGCAUCAAGAUAGAGAGAGCUAAAACCAGUAAAGAAUUGAGAUUCUCAAUAUAAUUUCAAAUUGAAGUAGCUCGAGACCAGGGCCGAGACAGACCAUAUGUAUUUGUGGGAUCAAAGGUUAAAAUGUAAUUUUUUUUUUUUAAAUCAACGUAAUAUUAAAAUAAGUCAAUACAUUACUACAAUUGUAGUC